UUAGUUCUACUUAAUCAGUUUUGGCUCCACAUAUUAUAUAGACAUAUAUUCAGAGUUCGUUGUGGCACUUAAGAACUAGUUAAGAUUAGAAACAGUACUACAAUGCAAUAGGUGUCGAACCUGAUAUAGCAAUGUCUAAGGCCUUAUAGAACUUGUCCUAGAAAUAGUUAGAACUGGGAAAAUCCCCUCGAUUGAAUUCGAUUUGAAAGGGAUUUUGUUAAGUACUUGCGCCCAUCCUAAGCAGGAAUUCAGAAAAUAGUUUGCUCGAACGUUGUCAAUUUCUGCACAUGUGUCCACACACCCACACACACACACACCCACACACACACAUAUAGAGACACUUGUUUAUGCAUUUGCAUCGCAUCAUGAGAAUUUGCUGUGCUACAAAUUAUCCUGUAAUUGUCUCGAGGACAUUUGCUGCAGGAUCGCAUUGCGUAUUCAAAUUGAGCAGCGUUUAAGUAACGAUUGAUUGCUUGAAUGAUUGAUUGAUAAGCGCAUGCCAUCACCACACUCUCAGCCCCACACAUUUGAUGAACUUUUGGAUAAUAAAACGAUAAACAAAUUAUUAUGAUGGCGACAUUUUACUUGGGUGGUCUCUCUCGGUUCCUCCCGCUAUCCAUUAAGGGUUCUAGGUCUAAUAAUUGUCCCAAAACAGUGGGAAGUUGGACACCUUGCUGCACACACACACACACACACACACACACACACCUACCUGGGUGGCAGCUAUAAAAGUCUCUGGUGGAGGCGUCCACUGGUCAAAAGGCAGACGAGAUGGCAGCGCAGCAGUUGAGGAAAUUCGAGUUGGCCAGGGAGCAUCUGGUGCUGGACACCCAUGAGGCGUUCAGCUAUCAUUGGCGUGUUUGGGAGCUAACUGGCUUGAUACGGCCCUCGGGCAGGUCCCGGCCGAGGUACCUGCUCCAGGCCAUUUCGCUGAACGUGCUGGUCACAUUGCUGUUCCCGCUGACGCUGCUGGCGCGGCUCAUCCUGACGCGCAAUCUGCAGGAGCUGUGCGAGAAUCUGACCAUUACGAUGACCGACAUUGCGGCCAACUUCAAGUUCAUCAAUGUGUUCCUGGUGCGCCGGCAGCUCGACCGGAUACGCGAGCUGCUCCAGGUGCUGGACAGGCGGGCGCUGAGCGUGCAGCAUCCCGAGGAGCUGGACGCGCUGCGGCAGGCUGUCAGCACGGCGAGGAGAAGCUUUCGCAUCUUCGCCGGCAUCUUUGUCGUCGGCACCCUGCUCAGCUGCAUCCGGGUGGCCAUAGCAAAGGAGCGCCGGCUGCUCUAUCCCGCCUGGUUCGCUGUCGACUGGCUCAGCUCGGAUCUGGCGUACGUGUGCAUCUGCUGCUAUCAGCUGUUCGGCCUGAUCGUCCAGGCCAUCCAGGACUGCGCCAACGACUCCUAUCCGCCGGCCUACCUCUGCGUGCUCACGGGCCACAUGCGCGCCCUGGAGCUGCGCGUGCGUCGCCUCGGCUAUCCGGGCCAUCCCGAGUGCCCGUCCUGGUGCCGCAUCGUGCAGCUGGAGCUGCACGACUGCAUCGAGGACUUCAUACACAUCAGCCAGCUGCACGCCAGCAUCCAGCAGAUCCUGUCGAUUGCCUGCCUCGCCCAGUUCCUCUGCACCGCCACCGUCCAGUGCACCGUGGCCAUGCACUUCCUCUAUGUGACCGACUCGCACGAUCUCUCCGCCAUGAUGCUGUCCUCGGUGUUCUUCCUGGCUGUCACCCUGGGGGUGUUCAUCAUCUGCUACUUCGGCGACCGCAUGCGCAGCCAGAGCGAGCAGCUGUGCGACGCCUUCUACGCCUGCAACUGGCUGGAUCAGUCGCCGCAGUUCCGCCGCUUGCUGAUCUUCACGCUGAUGCGCAGCCAGAGGACGUUCUGCAUCUAUGCCGGCGGCUACAUAGCCGUCACCCUGGAGACCUUCGAACAGGUGCCCCCAUCUCACGUGCUCCAUUUCAGUUGAUGCCUGUAAUCCUAUCGAUAUCUUUCUUUUCCCAGGUCAUCCGAUCAACCUAUUCCGCCUUUACGCUACUGCUGCGAGCCAAGUGAUCGGGGAGAAAUGGAAAUUCACGAAGCUGGAGCAGAUAUAUACACAUGCGAGUAGAGCUACUGUAAGUCAGGGAAGAGAUCAGAUCUAGCCUUUGGCUAUAGCUAUGACUAUAAAGAGCCGAAAGAACCUAAUAUACGAAAUAU